AACUUCACGCGAAGCGCCAUCGCAACGUCCAGACUCGUCGUCUCAUGUGCAUCCCGAGCGAUCGUAGCCGUCACAUUUUGGGCCGCUAAGCCCGCUGCCACGUGGAGUGAAGGACACGUGUCGGAAAGGUAGCGGCUCAGAAAAGAUUAUUUAAAUCUUAUCCUAACCCAGUUCCAAACCAAGCUCUUUCGUUUCUAUAAAUGCAGGAGCUUCACAAUCCUCCCUUUUCCCACACAAAUUUUCAAAUCCGAAAAAGAUCUGAAAAACAAAAGCUACUGUGACUUAACUGAGAAUCUGAAUCUCCAAAAAGCCGAAAAAUUCACACGCAGAGCAAAAGGAAAAGGCAGGGUUCCAAAACACAGCUUUUUCUCCUCUUUAAUUUAUUUUCUCACUUUCUACGCUUAUUUUCUGUUUGGCUUCGGGAAUGGCGUUGAACCUAACGCACCAGAUCGGAGCACUCGCCGGAGCAUCCAUUUCGACGACAGAUACGAACUCAUCCUCCGUUGAAUCGGUGAGCGCAUCGCCGAAGUGGAGGUCGCCGACGGCGAGCCUGACGUGCAAAACCCAGAGGCCGGACGCAAUCGACGGAUUGUCGCCGCCGUUGAGCCCUUGCCGGUCGCCUCUCGGGUCGACCCGGCGCGAUCUGUCAGUGGCGUGCCAGGCGUUCGCGACGGAGAUGGAAUCUCCGGUUCUGGAGCACCAGGUGAGGGGUGCGCAGACUAAGGGGACGGGGGUGCCGGUGUACGUGAUGAUGCCGUUAGAUAGCGUGACGAUGAACAACUCUGUGAAUCGGAAGAAGGCGAUGAACGCGAGUCUUCAGGCGUUGAAGAGCGCGGGGGUGGAGGGUGUGAUGAUGGAUGUGUGGUGGGGUUUGGUGGAGAGGGAAGCGCCCGGCGCGUACAAUUGGGGCGGGUACGCGGAGCUUUUCGAGAUGGCGAAGAAGCAUGGCCUCAAAGUCCAGGCUGUGAUGUCGUUUCACAAGUGUGGCGGCAACGUCGGGGACUCUGUCACUAUUCCUUUACCCAAGUGGGUUGUGGAGGAGGUUGAUAAGGAUCCAGACCUUGCAUACACUGAUCAAUGGGGAAGGAGGAACUGCGAGUAUUUAUCACUUGGCGCUGAUACCCUUCCGGUCCUUAAGGGCAGGACACCCGUGCAGUGUUACGCUGAUUUCAUGCGUGCCUUCAGAGACAACUUCAAACACCUCCUUAGUGACACCAUUGUGGAAAUCCAAGUUGGAAUGGGGCCAGCAGGUGAGCUUCGUUACCCUUCAUAUCCAGAGCAGAAUGGGACAUGGAGGUUUCCCGGAAUUGGUGCCUUCCAAUGUUUUGACAAGUAUAUGCUCAGUGGUUUAAAAGCUGCUGCUCAAGCUGCUGGCAAGCCAGAAUGGGGAAGCACAGGCCCCACUGAUGCCGGUGAAUAUAAUAAAUGGCCAGAAGAUACCCCGUUUUUCAGAAAAGAUGGUGGAGGCUGGAACAGUACUUAUGGUGAAUUCUUCCUCGGCUGGUACUCUCAGAUGCUCCUGGACCAUGGUGAGAGGAUCCUUACCUCAGCCAAGUCUCUCUUUGAGAAUCAUGGUGUGAAGAUCUCAGUAAAGAUUGCAGGCAUCCACUGGCAUUACGGAACCCGGUCCCAUGCCCCUGAGCUGACAGCAGGGUAUUACAACACACGAUUCCGGGAUGGUUACAUUCCUAUUGCUCAAAUGUUAGCGCGUCAUGGUGCAAUAUUCAAUUUCACUUGCAUUGAGAUGCGUGACCACGAGCAGCCACAGGAGGCUCAAUGUUUACCAGAGAAGCUUGUUAGGCAAGUGGCUAUUGCGACUCAGAAAACAAACGUACCACUCGCAGGUGAAAAUGCAUUGCCAAGGUACGACAACCACGCACACAAGCAGAUAUUGGAAGCAUCGUCGUUGAAAGUUGAGGAAAAUACCGAAGGCAACCAAAUGUGCGCGUUCACAUACUUGAGGAUGAACCCGCACUUGUUCCAGCCUGAUAACUGGAGGCAUUUUGUGGCAUUCGUGAAGACAAUGAAGGAAAAGGGCAGUCACAAGUGCCGGGAACAGGUGGAGAGGGAAGCCGAGCAUUUCGUACACGUUACUACACCUUUGGUGCAGGAGGCUGCCGUUCUUAUGCGCUAGGAUUGCAUAAUUUAGGCUUUAGCUAGCUUUGCUUCUACCGACCUCGAAACUAUCUUAUAUAUUGCCUGGCCACACAUAAAGGUCAGAUAAUGGCAAUACUUCAAUCCCUGGUUCUUUUUCCGUAGCUCUUUUAUUUAAGUUGUGGCUAUGGAAAAUGAGUGGGGCUGUGUACCAUAAGAUGGGCGGUAAAUCUAGUAUCCCCAAAAACCUUAUCUAUUAUCAUGCUAAUAUUAUACAUGAUUUACACAAACUCAUAUAUAGUUUUCUUGUAUGCACAAGUCUUAAAAGUGCCUGUUGUACAUUUCCAUUAGCCAAAUAAAAAUGUUCACUCUUCCUUCUAUGUAUAA